AUGCUGCGGAACUUUGGCGCAGAUGACUGGACAAUGUUAGCGACACAGCUCCUCUUCAGCGCAUACCUCACCGCCCAGUUGAUAGGGGUGGCAUAUGGAACAGGACAACACCUGGAAGACCUGAUCCCAUGGCGAGCCGAGAGGGCAUUGAAGGCGUGGUAUUUCUGCGAGAUCUUCUACGUCUGCUCGACGUCCUUCCUCAAGGUAUCCAUCGGCCUGUUCUUGUUACGGGUUGCGACGAAUAAAAUUCAUAUCUGGAUUGUGAGGAUGAUCAUGAUACUAGCGGCGGUGUUUGGCUUCGCUUUCUUAUUCGUGGUCAUCUUCCAGUGCUGGCCUAUCAGUGAUUGGUGGAGCCUGGAUCCUACCCAGAAGCAUUGUAUCAAGCCGGAUAUCGUCAUUGGCCUGACUUAUGGUGUGUCUGGGUUGAAUGUCAUUGCGGACUGGACUCUAGGGAUUCUUCCUGCCUUCAUCGUCAAGGACCUACAAAUGUCAGUCAGGCAGAAGCGACUCGUUGCGAUCAUUCUUUCCUUCGCGGCAGUGGGAUCUACAGCUACGAUUGUGAGACUGCCAUAUGUUGGCAGUUUGGCGCAAAGUUUCGAUGGCUCCGAGGGAGAUUUCCUUUAUACUACUGUCGGUGUCGCCAUCUGGACCACAGUUGAGAUAGGAGUCGGUAUAACAGCAGGCUGCAUGGCCACACUGCGGCCGCUGAUCCGCAUGGCUUUUGAAAGAUUGGGCCUCAGCAGCAGC